UUAAGUCGAAAAUAAAAAAAGAUGUAGAUAAAAGAUGCAUUUAGAAGGUUUUUCGAAUAAGGAAAAAUAACGGCAAAAGUUGAAUGGUAUAUUCUAUUGUCUCUUUGGAAUAGAACGAGAAGUAAAUAUAUCGGAUGAAUAAGAGAGGUGGGGGAAAAAGUGGAGACUUUGGUGUAACGCACGUUAAAGGUUCGAUGGAAGAAUGGUGGUGAGUAGAAGGAGCGAUACGUUGGACAGGAAAGGAGAAGGAGGGUCCGAUGGGCUGGUACCCACACGGUUGGAGGUGGCACGAGGAGGUGGGACUCUCGUCCCAUUCUCCACUUUCAGUGGCAAGUCCGAAGAGGCAGUCACAACGCGACUGCUCGAAGAGUCGGGCCGGCCGCCUGUCGUAACAUACAACAAGAGGACUACUCACGCAUGCACGCACGCACGCACGCACACAUCAUACACUUACGAGUGCCACUACGUGUCUGAAACACAUGCCGUACGGAUUGACAAACGAGCUCCUUAAACAUAGUGUGUUACACGUUACCGAUUAUCACGCGAAUUUAUCAAUCAACGCGAAGAUACGACCGCGAGUGAAUACACAUUGAAAUACAGAAUUGCACCCAAGUGCGCGCUUCUACGAGCUUAUAACAAAAUUAAGGAUCGUUUCAUCAAUGUCUCGCAACCGCGGGGCGUACAUGUGUGCAUGGAAGAGGAAAACGAUCGCGCCAUCGGUAGAAACGAAGGAGAACGAGGCGGAGGUGGAAGGCCAGGUUGCCUCCGCCAACAACGGCGACGAGGCCGUUGAGAAAAUGUCUAGCACCGCGGAAAGUCCCGAUGGGAUGGCUUUUCAGUCACACUUCUCCCUUCGAUGGAACAAUCAUCAAGCUCAUAUACUUCAAUCCUUCGAAGCUCUUUUGCAACAAGAGGAGUUCGUCGACGUUACCCUGGUUUGCGCCGACACUAGAUACAGGGCUCACAAGGUCAUCCUCAGCGCUUGCAGCCCCUUCUUCGAGAAAAUAUUCGCGGCCCAUCCGUGCAAGCAUCCGGUGAUCGUACUCAAGGAAUUUCCCGGUUCGGAAAUCUCGGCAUUGAUCGACUUUAUGUAUCGCGGAGAAGUGCAAGUCAGUCGAGAAGAAUUGCCGGGGUUGAUGAAAGCAGCGGAUAAUCUGCAAAUUCGAGGAUUGACCUUGAAGGAACUAAGGGAAUCAUCACCGUCGGAUACUCAAAUGGCCGAUUUCAAUUUUGGCGAGCCAUCUACGCCGGAGGAGGCUAGGCAGGAUACUCCCGAAGAGGAGGACAAUGCAUCGGAAAUCGAAACAACAACGGCGGUACAAGCAUCCGUUAGAGAAACAAUCGCAGCAUCCAAACGAACAAUCUUCCACCCUUCGGGAGAUCAUCGGGAUAGAUUACCGCACAUGACUCAUUUAAACUUCGGUGUACGGGACCUAAGAGAAACCUGUAGUUCUCCGUUGAUGCCACGCCGGAAACAAGCGCGACCAAGGCGAAGAUCCGGAGAAUUGGUACCACAAGACUUGAGCCGACCUCAUCCACCGCGAAGUCUAAGUCCACCGUUUACCUCUUUAAACCUUUCGAAUAAUCACCAACAACACCAAAAUCAGCAGUUAAAUCAGCAUCAUUCGCAACUAUCCGCGAACGCUUUAAGUCAACAACAAGAACAAGAGGAAAUGGCGGAAAAUUUGUCGAUAAAAAGAACCCUCUCGCCGGUUGGUCAAGAACAAUUCCAUCAACAAUAUCAUCAUAUUAAUCAACAAUUACAUCAAGUUAAAACCGAAAGUAGCGAAGCAGCGAGUAGUCCACGGGGUUCGCCGCUUACCGGCACGAGUCUUCUCCAUCCCGACGGUUCUUUUCAAGAUAUUCCAUCGGUGGCGGCUGCGGCCGUCGCCGGUAUACCCGCCAUGUCGGCUGCGUUAUCCUUGACGUCGCCUCAUCAUCACAGCGAGUACCUGACGAGUAUGGGCCAAUUAGCGGUACGUUGGCUUCCAAAUCAUCCUCAAAGCCAAUUACCACCGCCGCCAACGCAAAGUCAUCAUUCGCGAGCCGAUAGUCCGCUUGGCACUGCUAGAACUUCUCACGCCUAUCAACAACAGCAACAACAACAGCAACAACAACAGCAGCAGCAGCAGCAACAACAACAACAACAACAACAUCAACAACAACAACAACAACAACAACAACAACAACAACAACAACAGCAACAGCAACAGCAACAAGAAUCCUCGCGACGGGGUUCGAUCGCGUCGAUGUUUCCUCUUGAUACCGUUGCUUCUUUGAGCGGACUCUUUUCUCCUGGAGCCGGAAUCGACAGGGGAUCCCUUUUAGCGGAUCUUCACGAUGGGUUAAAGCCAGAACAGUUGCACGGAUUGUUCGUUCCGGCGGCCUUAACAAGUCAUACACCUAGUAAGAAGAGGAAGCUCAGAGCCGAGGGCGAUUCACCCAGAAGGUGGACCGAUCAAGGAGGACGCAGCGUGCCCGUUGGUAGACCCAAAGGUCAACACAGCGCACCGCGGGGCGGUCCACCGAGAUCUUGGACGAAUGCCGAGCUGACCGAAGCGCUCCAACAUGUGUGGAAUAAGAAAAUGACGACGUCACAGGCAAGCAGAAUAUUCGGCAUACCGUACAACAGUUUAUUAAUGUAUGUGCGUGGUAAAUACGGCAAAAGUUUGAAGCUUGAGCAAUUGAGAAGAGAUUGCACCGGUGCGACUACCGGCGACGCAGUCAUGAAUUCUUUGAACAAUAACGUGAAAACUGUUCAACAACCACCGGCGCAAUUGGGCCAUCCACUCGUCGGUCUUCCACCCCAUCCAGCCGAUGACAGUGGAUUUCCACAUCACUCGCUUCUCGGCUCUAAUCUUUCUCAAGCUUAUUACCCGGAUUUCGCUAGCGCGGCCUUUCCCGUACCAGUUAACAUGAUACAUCUUAUACCUCCGAGCGAGCAAAAAUCUUACGAACAUCCUGGAAGCAGUAACAACAAUGUCAGCGUAGGUGGCAAUGGAAGUUCUGGUACCACUGGAAAUGGUAACACCGCAGGAACUUCUGGUACUACUACUACUACUACUACUGCUGCUGCUGCUGCUGUUGCUGCUGUUGGUGUUGCUGCUGCCGCUGCUGCCGCUGCUGCUGCUGCUGCUGCUGCUGCUUCUUCUUCAUCUUCUUCAAAUGCUCCGGAACACGAAUCGUCCCAUGGCAGUCGAACUCCAUCGCCGGAAGACCAUCACCAUAAUCGUCAUCGCCUUCAUCAUCAUCAUCAUCAUCAUCGUUAUCAUCAUGACUCGUUGCAACCUCAAUCAUCGCAGUCGGCACCGGCGUUGCUGCAACAAAAUGGCUCGGAUUAGUGGGAAUCAAGUUAUGCGAGAGAGAGAGAGAGAGAAAGACAGAGAGAGAAAGAGAGAAAGAGAGAAAGAGAGAGUGUGUGGGAUGAUGAAAAAACAAACGAGGCAAACGAGCGAGCUAGCGAGCGAGCGGAAGGAAGGAAAACGCUGAAUGAAAAAGACAAAAGACUGGAUCUAUAUCGAUCGUAAUUGUUAUCAUCUUCCUUUGAGCAUAAUAGGCACACAUUUGAUCUCGUCCGAGAAAGCCGCGAUUUUAAUACACCCUUCUUCCUUCGCACAUUCGUUGCCUCGUUCAUUCAAAUACAUAUUUACGUUUUCGCGCGGUCACAUUUAUACGUGAAACAUUCGAGUUUCUCCGACGAAAGUUAUAUAUCUUCUGCAAGACUGAAUCGACCGACCAAUGCUCGCGAUCCCCCUCCCCCUCCCCCAAUCUCUCCCUGGAUCAUUGAUUCGACGAGCGUUCUCUCUGCUCAAAUCAUAUUUUCCCCUUUCUCCUUUAUAUUUAUCAUAUUAAUGUUUCUUUUUCCAAUUUUCAUUAUUUAUACUUUGUGAUUUAUCCUGAUGAGUUAGAAAUCGUGAUAAAUUAACGCAUUAGGUUUCCUUUUUAUACGCUUACAAACUAAAUACUAAGAAAGAAUAUUUGUAAUGUUUUAAAGCACAAACUUUUAACAAUGUCAAUUGUUUGUUUUAUUAUCAUUUAUUAUAUAAACA